AUGAGUAGUCGCGGCGGAAAGCUCGCACCCGAAGUCAAUAGAGCUUUGUUCGUGAAGAACUUGAGCUACAGCGUCACUCCAGAGGAGCUUUUCGACCUCUUUGGAAAAUUUGGCCCCAUUCGCCAAGUUCGCCAGGGAAUUUCCAACGCUACCAAGGGUACUGCCUUUGUGGUCUAUGAGGACGUAGUGGAUGCUAAGCAAGCCUGCGACAAGCUCAACGGCUUCAACUUUCAGAGCCGUUAUCUUGUCGUUCUAUAUCACCAGCCAGAGAAGAUGAUCAAGUCAAAAGAGGACUUGGAGGCUCGCCGUGAAUCUUUAGCGCAGCUCAAGAAGCAGCACGGUAUAGAUUGA